AUGUUUGUCCUGGACGAUUACAGUGGGAGCAACCCUUCCCGGCUGACCUCUGCCGACCUGCUCCGGAGUCUUCAAAUCCGUGCCAGCGCCUUGCUACAGGAAUUCCGGUUAUAUCAGGCUCGACUCAAAGCACGGGGCAAACAACAACAAGUUGAAAUCCGAGGAUUUAAGCGAGGUGUCGAGUCGGAGGUAAAACUAUUGGAAAAAAUAGGACGUGAAUUUGCAACUUCCCAGAGCACCUCCCAGAAUAUUAUCGCCGCCACAAGUCAGCAAGAUGAGGAAGGUCCACAAUUGCACGCGCUAAGAAGCUCUAACCUGCCCUUUUAUGAAGCGGUCUGGGAUAUGGCGAAAUCAUGCCGCCAUGUUACUGCGUUGGGCAAGAAAAUGUUCUUUGCAGGAAAGGACUGCGUGGCGAGUAGAACAAAUCACGAUGAGAGAUCGGUAAGCCGCACAGGUGUUUCGAAGGACGUGCAAAAGAAAGAGACCUUGGUAGACAUCGUUGCUGACAACGGAUUGCAAUGGAUCAAAAUCUCGACUUUGACGGAGAAACGGCUUCUGUUCGAAAUGGCCAAGGAAGGCUGGGAAAAGUACGGAGAUAUUGGCGAAGACGGCAAUACAGAAGGCGGCCAGGUUCCUGAAACUGACCGUGGUGGCACGAGGACGAGUAAGCUUGAACUUGUGCGACUUGCUGAAGACCUCAAGAUUGCAGCCCAAGAAGUCAGAGUCCAAUUUCGGCAUCCACAGAUUCAGCUUGUCCUACCAAAGAUUCGCGAAGGUAUCUCCCCUGACGUGGAUGCUUUUCUUGCCGACUUGCGUGCAACUGGCGCCAUCGUUCAAUGCAACACCGAUAUGUACAAACCCAGUGAGGAUCGGCAGCUUGAUCUCGACAGCCUGAUGCCCACCGUCGCGACUGUUCCCUUGACCAGCACCAUCAACGUGGAUUGCACGAUACUUCUGGCACUGAUCUCUGACAUAUCAAAUUUCCCACGCCAUCAACUGUUGUCAACCUUUGCGGGCAAAUCGGAGACCUAUCACAAAGCGAUUGUGAAUCAAAUCGAGGCUGAAGAAUUAUCACCAAUGCUAUCUGAGAGAAUCUAUCCUCUCCUUGCUACGCGAAAUCUAGAGUGUACUCUACACGCUUCUCAGCGGAUGCGAGAGAUAGUUCACUGCAUGGGGACGCCGAGUGAGUUAAGCCGCGCCGAAAUCCUGCUAGGCGAAGGGCCAUACAGAGAUCAGCCUGCAUCGACCCUGAGGCAGGCCUUUAGUGAACUAUCAAUGCACGCCGUCCCGACAGAGGUACUCUUCCCUGUCAAAGUUGUCAACUUCGACGUGAACACGCUCUUUGGCUCAGACUCUACCUCGAUGACGCUGAAUGCUGAAUUAUGCAAGUCAUUUCCUACGUCCAUAGCUGCCCGUACAAGGGACAGAUUAAGACUUACCCCGAUCAACGCUUCAGUUUUCUUCUACGGUUGGGCCCGCCAGAUUGUAACACUAACAAGCAAUCGCACAGCGGCAAGCGAGCUUUUGAAGACCAUCAAUGACGUCUUGGAUUGCGACGAGAGCCAAGCGUGUAAGGAGGAUGCUGAAUUUCUGGGACCGCUCAUAUGGUGUGAGACUGCAAGAAGCCUGAUAGGGAAGACCAAGUUCAAGGAGUAA